AAAUAAUGAUUUCGACGCGCGAGGGGCGGAAGUUCGUUGACGAGCCGCCAUGCAUUCAAACGUCACUGCCGUUGGAGCGAAAACAGGUGGAAACUCAUCGUGGCAUUUAAAUUUGUUGAAAUCGUUAAAAUCAUCGUGUCUGAUGAAAAGGUUAUUUUUUGCGGCUCUGCGAUUCGUCGACGUGAUGUGAAACGAUUGAGAAGUUGCGGGGAACGGACUUUGUAUUACAAGUCAAAAGAGAGAAAAUAAUCUGUGUUCUGGAUUCGUUUGAAUUAUUUCUGAACAAAUCAUUGACAAUUUUAGACAACAGAUUUAAUUACAUGCAAUGCUAUUCAAGAUGAAUUGCAAGUUGUUACUGAUAUUUAUUGUAUUGUGUAAUUGUAAACUUGGGAGCGCAUCUAUACUAGAUUGGGUAUGGCAAUCAAAAACAAAUGACAAAACUGCUUCAAUCGAUGAUGGCGUACCUUUGAUCUCGAUUCCUUAUGAGAUGAUGACAGAGGAUGAAAAGUUCCUCCAACAGGCUGCCAAGUUUACGAACAUCCAAGUGUCUUCUCCAUUGGAGACCUGUCAACAUAAAGUUAUUAUGAAAAUUAGAACUUCGUGUUCCGAUAUGACUGAAGAGGAGCUCGCAAAACUGAGUGUAAAUCUCCUCAAUUGCCAAUCAGCAGUUGAAGGAAGGAAAAUGUUUCCUUGCACCGAAGAAAUGUCCCUUCAACAAUGUACAACACAUAUGGAUGCUGAUAUGUGGAAUGCAUAUCAUUUAAUGAGUAAUAGAGCAAGAGCAGUUUGUUAUGCAGCUCGGAAUACACAAUUUCGUGCUCUUACAGAAUUAACUGUCAACAAGCUGAUGCAUUCUGCGCAUUCUCAAAUUGAGGCAUUGAAGUCUUUGAAGGAAAGUCAAGAUCAUUUGCAAGACCAGACAACAGAAGCUCUAGUGUCAUUAUCCAAGGGAAACAAAGCACUCUUGGAACAACAAGAAUACUUGAAAGAUGCUCAAGUAACAGCUCAUAAUCUUGUAACAUCGAAUCUGAGGGAAUUGAAUAACGAAAAGGCAUUAAUACGAUCUGGACAUACUCAGCUCGCAGCUAUGGCAGAAGAUAUAAAAAAUAAAUUGGAAAAGGCGCAUAAAGAGAUCGAGCAACAGGUCAUUGAGCAUGGUAAAAAUCAUGAGGAAGUGUUGGAAGACUUGAUCAGUAUAAAAGAACAAAUGCAAUCAAUUUGGGAUAAAAUCGAAAGUAGCACUAAUCAUAUAUUGGACCAACAUGAGAAAACCAUCGAGCAUUACGAGCAGACAAUGCAGAAACUCGCACAAAUUAAUAAUACUAUUCAAUAUAUUUGGAAUCUGACUAAUAUUAUGCGCACAGAAGUAGAUAAAAAGUUGGGAUGGAUUACAGACUAUAUCGGCGAUACUGGUGAACAACUGCAAAGAAUGUAUCGCAUAGUUUCACAUGUUGUGUAUAUAUUGGUGGCGAUGAUAAUUGCUGCGUUUUUACAAGCACCAUUUUUAACUAGAGCCAGCAUCUUGGCCGUGGUGCCAGUAAAUCUUGUAACUUACUUGAAACAUGGCAUGGAAGCUUCUCUAGAUUUUACAUCUAUGACAGUACUAAUAUUCUUAAUUAGUGCAAUGUAUUUCGUAAUGUCGGGAAUACAACAAAUGUUUGGACCAAGCAAUUCAGAAGCAAAGACACAACCAGCUAAGUUGACUUCUCAAAAUGGACAUUUGAACGGAAAAACAUAUAAAUAUACAACAUAUUUCAGUUCUAUGCCAAAAAUACAAUUGCACAAAAAAGUAAUAAAAAAAAUACAAGACUUUUAUAAUUUCAUCGUUUUGCAAAUAAACUACUAUAAAGAGAAAAUUAAUGAUUUAAUACAUUUGAUCAUUCCAAACAAUCAACGCAAUUUAAGUACGCACGAGGAACUCUCCUGUUCAUAUCAACCAUUAAAGAAGAAUCGUGAAGGUGUGUAUAACAAACAGAAUUUUUCGAAUAUGUGGGACGAUCAGAUGGACUGCGAUUCUUCAAACACGAUAAAUUCGUUGCAAGAGGAUUACAAUGAUAAACAUUUUAAAGAUAUAGCAGAAACGUUGAAAUUGAAAUAUUCUAUGUACAAUACGAUGGCGCGAUCUAGAAGUUGUACUCCGUCAGAUACAAGAAUGCUUUGUCUGGCAAAUACAAAAAAUGGCAGAAGAUGUCGAGUGUUUGCUUCACCCGGGCAACCUUACUGCUAUCAUCAUUCUAGUAGUUCAUCUAUCGUAGAUGGUCAUCUCAAUUAAAUCUUUGAUUAUCAAUUAUAUGAAUUGUUAUUGAAUAGAGAUUGUCACACACAUUAUACCUAAAAUAAACUUAUAAUUGAUAA